AUGUUUUCUCGAAUGCUGUAUUUAAGAGAAGCAGUCCUCUCUACAAUAGCCAUCCUGGGAACCGAUCUUCAGCCUCUUACCCCAAUCGAAUGGACAAUCUUAGACAAGGCUUGCCACUUACUGAAGCCCUUCAAAGUGCUGACAGAGGAGAUGAGUAGCGAAAAAAACGUGACGCUCUCAAACGUAAUCCUCCUAUCCUGCGCACUGACGAGGCACGUGGAAAACAUUCAAAAUGAGGAAGAUCUGCGAGAGACAUGUAUUCUCAUGGCAGACUCAAUCAUGGGUCAGCUGAAGAGGCGUUUCACUAACAUCGAGAAUAACAACGUUUUAGCAGAGGGUACAGUCUUGGACCGUAGAUUCAAGGAGCACGGAUUUUCCAAGGCAACACCCUAUCAAGCAACGUACCGCUCCAUCUGCAAUCGUCUCAGUACGGUGUAUGUACCGCAGUGCGACAAUGAACAGCAACAAGAAAUAGCUGUAGAAUCUGAGGCAGAUGAGCCGACGGCGUUGCUUUGGGAGUCGUUUGACCUCCGGGUAUCUCGUCUAAGGACGCGGAACUGGACAGCGGCAAGUGUCGUGGAGUUAGAUCGAUACUUGAAAGAGCCCCUGUUGCCGAGGAAAUUGGAUCCGAUGACCUGGUGGAGUGAAAGAAAAUCACUCUACCCGCGCUUAUAUGAACUCACGAAGAGUAGAUUAUGCAUCCCUGCCACGUCCGUACCGUGUGAGCGCAUCUUUUCAAAAGCCGGUCAAAUUGUGACGGAGAGGCGCAACAGACUCUCAUCAAAAAAUGUGCAGCGUCUGUUAUUCCUUAAUGCAAACAUGUGA